GUGCGUGCGUGCUUGCGCGCAUGCGUGCGCCCCUCCCUCCCUCCCUCCUUAUAGAGCGCCGCAGCGGGGCCGCGCUUGGACGAGGCGACAGGGCGGCGGCGCUGCUGCUGGCCCUCGGCUUCGCGCUCCUGUGCGGCCAAGGCGCCUGCGCGGCGGCGGGCACCGUCGUAACCUCCAUCAAUGACGUCGGCUCCAAGACACACCUUACCUGCUCUUUGAACAGCAGUGGUGUCGACAUCAUUGGCCACCGCUGGAUGAGAGGUGGCAAGAUACUGCAGGAGGACACACUGCCUGACCUGCAGACGCAGUACACGGUGGACAUAGAUGACCGCUCUGGGGACUAUGCCUGCAUCUUCCUUCCUGAGCCCGUGGGCAGGAGCAACAUCGUUGUGGAGGGGCCACCCAGGAUCAAGGUCGGGAAGAAGUCAGAACAUUCCAGUGAGGGAGAAAAUGUGAGGCUGAUCUGCAAGUCUGAGUCAUCUCACCCCCCUGUCACUGAGUGGUCCUGGUUUAAGACCUCUGACUCUGGGGACCAGCUGAUCACCAACAGCUCUGAGAGCAAGUACGUCGUGAUAUCCACAGCUGACAGAUCAGAGCUGACCAUCAGCAACCUUGACAUAAAUAGUGACCCUGGUACCUACAUGUGUAACGCCACCAACACCCAGGGCAGUGUCCAGGAGAUAAUGACACUGCGUGUGCGAAGCCGCCUAGCAGCCCUCUGGCCCUUCCUGGGCAUCGUGGCUGAGGUCCUGGUGUUGGUCACUAUCAUCUUCAUUUAUGAGAAGCGACGGAAGCCGGACCAGACCCUGGACGAGGAUGACCCUGGUGCCGCCCCACUGAAGGGCAGUGGUCAUCACAUGAACGACAAGGACAAGAAUGUACGCCAGAGGAACGCCACUUGAGUGGCAGAGUAGGCGGGGGGGGGGGAAUCUGGGCGCCCAGGCCCAGCCCAGCAUCUACCUCCACUCCCAUACUGUCCUAUCCUGUCCUAACCCGUAUCUAUCCACCCCAACCUCCUAUCCCAACCUGGGUGAAGACAGAGCCUCGCCUUGCAGAGUAAGCCCACCUGGAAGAAGCAAGCCACCCGCAACACCCGUUUCUAGUUUAAACGAGGUUUCUAUACAGAGAAUUCGUUCAUUAGGGGUUUCUGUUGUUUUCGAUUUUUCCCUCCCUUUUUAGUAGUGUCACUACUGCCCUGUAGAGUGGGGGAGUGGGGCCUUGUCCUUGUCCAUGAGGCCAGGCCAACCUCCCGGCUCCACCACCUACUCCUCUGUAUGGGACUGCCCAUCCCCACCAUGGGCAACAUGGGCUGGGUCUGCUGGGACUCCACAAAUAAAGACCUACCCCACCA